AUGGCGACGUCCCGAUUUAUUCGAUUUUUUAGUCGUCGUCAAACAAAAAAGCAAGCAACAAUAUUAAAUGAUGAUAAUAAUAAUAAUCAUCAUUCAAAAUCAAAACUUUUUUUUAAUGCAAAAACUAAUUUAAUUGAAAAACCUCAAUCAAUAAUACCAAUUAAAAAUGGUCUUGUUUGUACUGUUGUUUUUCUCGAUGGUGAAGAUGUUAAUUUUGAAGUAGAUCGUAAAGCUCUUGGCAAAAAUCUUUAUGAUAAAGUAAUUGCUCAUACAAAACUUGUUGAAUCUGAUUACUUUGGUCUUCAAUUUAUUGAUACACAUAAUGUUAAACAAUGGCUUGAUGCAACUAAAUCAAUUAAAAAACAAUGUAAAAUUGGACCACCAUAUACAUUUCGAUUUCGUGUAAAAUUUUAUACAUCAGAUCCAUUAAAUCUUCAUGAUGAAUUAACUAGAUAUUUGUUUGUACUCCAACUUAAAGAUGAUAUUCAUACGGGUAAAUUAGAUUGUCCAUCUGGUACAGAUGUUGAAUUGGCUGCAUUAUCUAUUCAAGCUGAAUUAGGAGAUUAUACAAGUGAUGAACAUUCAAUUAAAAAUAUAUCACAAUUUCGUUUUCUACCAGAUAAUAAACAAACCGAAGAAUUUGAACGAGAAGUUUUACAAAAAUGGCCAACAUAUAAAAGUUUAACACCAGCUGAAUGUGAAAUACAAUUUUUAAAUAAAGCACGUUGGUUAGAAAUGUAUGGCGUUGAUUUACAUACAGUUAUGGGUAAAGAUGGUUUAGAAUAUACACUUGGUUUAACACCAACUGGUAUUCUUGUAUUUGAAAAUAAAAUCAAAAUUGGUUUAUUUAUUUGGUCAAAAGUAACACGUAUUAAUUUUAAUCGUAAUAAAUUAACAAUCGUUGUUAUUGAAGAUGAUGAUAAUGAUUCACGUUUACAACAAUAUCAUGUUUUUUUUCGUGCAACAUCAGCAAAUAAAAUUAAACUAAAUGCAAAAUCAAAUUUUGCACGUACUGGAUCAAGAUUUCGAUUUAGUGGUCGAACCGAAUGUCAAACAGCAGCAUUAAGAACUUUAACAAAUCAUAAUAUGAAUUUUGAACGUAAAGCAUCUCAUCGUUUUUCACGUCAUGCAUCAUAUGCAAUAAGAAAAAAAAUUCAAGAACAAGAAAUUUUACGUGAACAAGAAGAUGAACGUUUAAGAAAAUUAAAAUUUCAACAAGAAAUAAAAUUAGAUGAAAAUAAAAAAUUAAUAGAAUCAAAAUCUCAAACAAAUUCAUUUAUAUCAAAUAAUGAUAUAACAUCAAUUUGUAAACGUUCAUCAUUACAAAAAACUUUAACUUUAUCAGCUACUCAACGUCUUGAUAAUCUUAUUCAAGGAUCUCCGAAUGAUUUAUUAUUGAAAGAAAGUGAACUCAAUAUAAAUUCAACAAAUCUUUCUCCUGCACCACCAAUUCCUCCUCGACAAAUAAAAUCUGAUGAUAAAACAACAACACCACCACCACCAUUAGUUCUUAACAAACAAUCCAAUCCGGUAAAUUCCUGUUCAAUCAAUAAUAAUAAUAAUGUCAAUACAAAAAAAGAUUUAUCAAAUGAAUGUACUUCUAAUAAUCAUCAUAUUGAUAAUGAUCAAACAUUAUUAAUUCAACAAUCACCACAAAAAAUAUCAACAUCUCUAACUAACGGAUCUCAUCAAACAAAUUCAUUACGUAUUGACAAAAUGAACAGUGCAUCCAAUCGAUAUACAUUAGCAAAUAGUCAAUCAAUACCUUAUGUAGUUAAAGAGCAAAUAUCUUCUAAUAAUUUACAAUCGAAUAAAACUAAUAAUAGCAGUUAUAAUAAAAUAUCUUUAUUUAAUAAAUUUCCUCUAUUUGCUUUACCUAUAUCUGAAUUAACAUCAUAUAAUGAUAAUCGUGCAUUAUAUGAUAAUAUAUUAAAUUAUUGUCUUAAUCCAUCGAAUGAAUCAAAUUCAAUUUAUGCUAAAUUUGAUUUUCAUCGUCGAAGUUUAAAUUUUUCAAAUCCAGAAGAACAAUUUGAACAACGUUGUGCUAAUUAUGAUAAUUUAUCAUAUCUUAUUAUUUUACUGCUAGUAAUAGAUUUAUUUUUAAUGAGAAUGAACAACGAGACCUUCUUUCACAACGAAACAAUAUCAAACAAUAAUCAGAAUAGAAAUAAUCAAAACGUAUCAAUAGGUUCUAUAGCUCCCGUUAUAGUAACACGAACAUUAAGUCAAUCAAAUGUUCAUAAUGCAUCAUCAACAAUAGUUCAAGCAACACAUUCAACACAAUUGAAACCUCGUAGUUCAUCAUCAUCAAUGACAUUUCCAUCAAAUCAUUCUCAAUCUUAUCAUCCACUUACAACAGAAUUAUAA